GUCAGUCCGGAGUAUGCCUAAUAAGCGGGAAGAUUGCAGUAAGGUGUAGAGGGCGUGGGCAGUCAUAGUUAGAGAGAAGUGUUAUGAAUCAACUGAGGCCACUUGAUCGUCGUGAUCUGGUAGAGCAGUGUCAGUUUAGCAACGAUCCCGGACAUGCUAAAGCUGCCAGUGUUCUGAACGAAUGUGAGGUGAGUGUGAGCCAGGGAGAGGAUGGACUGGUACAGCCUGUACAGUGAGUGUCCCAGGAUGGUGUUUGGUCUCACCGUGGGCGUCGGUUUUCUUCUUUACUACUACAUAGAGGCCGUCAAGCGGCCGCUACUAGCAUGCAGACGAGGUGCUUGGAGAGUCUUCUUGGAGACCCAGGUGACCACCCUGAGGGAAAGGUACUGGCCCACUCCCUGGUGCUACGAGUCACGCUGCCAGACCAUCCUAGCAUCUGUCCUACGCUCCAGACUCCCCGAUAUAACUUACACACGGGAGUUACUAGAGAUGAAGGAUGGAGGACAGAUAUGUUUGGACUGGCUUGAUGUGACAGUAGUGGAUGACCAGCCCAUCGUCAUCAUUUUGCCGGGUCUGACCGGGUCCUCCCAGAGCGAGUAUGUCAAGAGCUUUGUCCUCGCUGUGCAGGAGACGGGAGCUCGCUGUGCUGUCUUCAACAACCGUGGCCUAGGGGGUGUCCAGCUGAAGACAGCCAGGACGUAUUGUGCAGCCAACAGUGAUGACCUGGAAGAAGCCAUUGAACACAUACGCACGAAGUACCCUAAGGCUCCACUCAUGGCUACUGGCAUCUCUCUCGGAGGCAUGAUCCUGGGUAAUUACCUGGCAACACGAGGGGAGACAGCUGCUCAACAUCUGGUAGCAGCCAUGGUGCUCUCCAUCCCCUGGAAUGUUUUCAUUGGAACAGAGAGCCUGGAGAAGCCACUCUGGAAUCUGUUGCUCAACCGCCACUUGGCUCACUGCCUCUGUGAGUCAGUCAGGAGUAUGAGGAAGCAACUGGAGGGACAUUACAAGUGGGAUCUUGACCAUGUUAUGCAGAGCAAAACUAUUCGAGAAUUCGAUUCAAGAUUCACAGCCGUGCAGUUUGGGUUUAGAGAUGUAGAAGAGUAUUACCGGACUGCUUGCUUGCAUGAUAAACUUGACAACAUAAAAGUCCCUCUUUUGUGUCUCACCGCUGCCGAUGAUCCUUUCCAGCCAAUGGAAGGGAUCCCAAUUGAGGCUGCAAGCAGAUCUAGCCAUGUAGCCAUUGUUGUGACUGCUCGUGGUGGCCACAUCGGCUUCAUGGAAGGAAUCUUCCCCACAAAUACCUAUUACAGUGACCGUAUUUAUAAACAACUAGUCAAAGGAAUUUUCUCCAACCUAAGUGAUAUGAAGAGAAUCAGAGAAGAGGCUGACGAACAUGCAAGACUCAUGGCUUGCAGUGCCAAGGAAACAGUAUCAUAGAACCGAAGAAUUUUGUGAUAGUUUAUUUAUAGAUCAUGUACAGCACAAUUGUUGACGUGUAUUUUACCUAGUAUCAGGUACCUAGUGUGUAAUUAUAUUUCUUGUUGUUUUUCUAGAAAUAUUUGCUGUUAAAUUUAAUGAAUCAUAUGUGAUGUUUAUGAAGCAGAGAUGAAGUUAAUGAAGCAUAGGUAAAGCUAAUGAAACAUAAGGGAAUCACUGUCUCGUCCCUGUAUUGGGUGCUCUGACGUGGUUUAGGACAACACUCCCUGCACGUUAUGCUGCAAGUACUGUAACUGUUCAGGAAAUCUUGGUGCUUAGAGAGGCAGAAUAGUCAACAGGAAGGUUUGUUAGAGCUGAGGCAUUAAUACUGUACAAAGCAUGUGUAUUGCAACAGGUUAGUGAAUGAACAAAAACACUUUCCAUGUAAAAUUAUAAUAAAUCUUUAGGACUAAAGAAAAA